GUGCGUAGAAGAAGCAGCAGCGAUCAAACGUGUCCCAGCUGAUGAGGCAGCUGUAUUUGACUGAGCUCGUUCUAGAAACUGACGGACAACUGGGAUGGAGAAUGACAUCCUCGUCUCUUUGGAAGACCUAGGUUACCAAGGCCCGCUGCUGGAUGACGGGGCCCUCGAUGCUGCUGCCAAUGGAGGCGCGACAUCACCCGAGUUCACAAAGCUCUGCAGCUGGAUCGUGGCUGAGCUCAAGCUCUACUGCAGGCUGGAGGAGAACGUCCAUGCCACUAACUCGCCGACUGAGGCUGAGAGCUUCCAGCUGGAGAUGAGCGGCCUCCUGUCGGAGCUGGCCUGCCCGUACUCUGUGCUGACCACUGGAGAUGUCACCCGGAGGCUCCUGAGCAGGAGCGACUGCCUGCUGCUUCUCAGCUUCCUGGUGUCCGAGUUGGAGGCUUCCCGGAUGAUCCUGGUCAACAAGCCUCAGAAGAAGGCCCAGGAUUCAGGCAGCCCUGUGUUCCAGGAGCUGAAGGGGAUCUGCGUCUCUCUGGGAAUGUCCAAACCUCCAGCCAACAUCACCAUGUUCCAGUUCUUCAGUGGCAUCGAGAAGAAGCUGAAGGAAGCCAUCAGCAGAGUUCCUCCAAGUCACGUUGGAGAACCGCUGAUGAGGAAACCUCUCGGUCCAGUUCACAUGGAGAAAAUGGAAGCCAUCAACCAAGCGCUGGUGAACGAGUACGAAGUGAGGAGGAAGAUGUUGCUGAAGCGUCUGGAUGUGACCGUGCAGUCAUUCGGCUGGUCGGACAGAGCCAAGAGUCGCGCUGAAAAGUUGGCGAAGGUUUAUCAACCCUUGCGCACUGCCCUCCUCAUGAGGAGCCAAAUUUCAGUCGCCCACCUCCUGGCAGCCCGACAAGACUUCUCCAAAAUCCUGAGGACCAGCAGCGGAAAGAUGCGCGAGAAGACUGCGUGCGCCAUUAACAAGGUUCUUAUGGGCCGCGUCCCGGACAGAGGAGGUCGACCCUGCGAGAUCGAGCCCCCUCCGCCAGAGAUGCCCUCCUGGCAGAAGCGGCAGGAUGCCCCUCAGGGGGGAGGACACUACGGUGGGGGAGGCGGCCGAGGCGGCUACGAUCAGUACUCCCAAAGUGGCCGAGGAGGCUAUGAGAGGGGAGGGGGGGACAGAGGUGGUCGAGGAGGGAGGGGCGGGAGAGGACAGGGGGGGAACUGGAACGACGGAGGAGGAGGCAGAGGAGGGUUUCAGCAAGGCCAUUACCAAGACACUGGAGGUCAUCAGGGAGGAGGCCGAGGGGGGGGCUACAGGGGCGGUGGGGGCAACAGCCAUGGUGGCUUCCAGGACUCCAGCUACCAUGGCGGCGGCGGAGGAGGAGGUGGUGGUUACCAUGACAAUUACCACAAGGACAGAGGCGGGGCACGCGGCGGCAGAGGAAGAGGACGCGGCGGCUGGGGAGGACGAGGCGGCCAGAGCUUUCACCAGGGCGGACAGUUUGAACAGUUCUUCCAACACGGCGGUCAGCACUACAACCAGGCUGGUUUCAACCAAGGUCGCCAGUUCACCAGUUGAAGAUGGGGCGGGACAUCACAGCAGAGUCCACCGGCUGCAGACCCACGCGACCCCGGACGCCCUCCCGCUACAUCACUGUCAAUUCUCAAGUGGACUCUGCUGUUUUGACCCGUCGGAUCAUUCGUAGCCUUAUGAGUUCUCUGGAAGAUUCUCGCGUGGUGCAGCCUCCUGACGUCACUGAAACGGUUCAUGAUAGAACUUCCAGCUUCUUGUUUUGGAACCUCUUUACUUUGCGGUUUGCAUGGACGCGGGGCUGAGAAAUAAACACAUGAGCCCGACACUGACUGGUGUGCAGCAGUUCUUGAUCCACAAAGUGUUACAUUCAGGAGUGAUGUGUCACAGAACCACCUGGUUUCACAGGAACC